AUGGCUGCUUUCAGUUUCACCCUUUUCUCCCCUACCUUUCUUUCUCCUCGUUACAGAUUCAUCUCUCCAAAAACGCGCCAUUCCCACCGUCACCAUCAUAUCCCUUUCAAGCUUCUUGCCAUCACUCCCAACAGAAAGUAUUACCUCAACACUUUCGACGAUGACGGCAUAGAAAGAUUUCAGCAAAUCCUUUGCCAAGCCACCCGGGAUGGAAAACUCUUACACCAAGACUUCAAGAGGAAACGGGGAGUUUUGACGGGGAGAGUGAAGUCAAAAUUUUGGAACCCAAGUACACAGCAAGAUUCUAGGGAGGUUAAAGCUGGGGAUUUGUUUGUUUGUUGUGUUGGAUCGAGUUUUGAUGCACGCCGGCAUCUGACUGAAGCUCAUAGGAGAGGAGCUGUUUCUGUCAUAGCAAGUAAAGGGAAUGGAAUUGAGGAAACCUCGGGAUACAAGACAUUGGUCAUUGUUGAGGAUGCUAAUUCAGUUCUGGCUACACUAGCUGCCUCUUUUUAUGGGUACCCUUCAAAGAGUAUGACUGUUAUUGCCAUCAACGGGACCAAUGGUAAAACAACCACCACUUAUUUGGUAAAGGGUUUGUAUGAGGCAUUGGGUGUGUGGAUUGGGUUGCUAGGCACCAUUGGUUAUUAUAUUCAUGGGGACAAUAAGUUGGGGCUGGAAUCACCACUUACUACCCCAGAUGCUAAUGUGGUUCAGAUUUUGAUGGCUAAGAUGUUCCAUAAUGGGUCUAAGGCAGUUGUUAUGGAGGCUUCUUCUCAUGGACUGUCAGUAGGGAGAUGUAUGGAGGCUGAUUUCAACAUUGCAGUGCUUACUAAUUUUACCAGGGAUCAUUUAGAUUUUCAUGGCACUAUGGACGAGUACAAGAAAGCUAAAGCAAAGUUGUUUCAGAGAAUGGUGGAUCCUGAGAGCACAGAAAAGUCAUUAACAUCGACGAUCUGAAUGCACAUUUCUUUAUCGCCCAAGGCAAUCCUGAAGU